CUACCAACAAUCGAACCAGAAAAGUGAGCUCAAGAUGCUGCAUUUUUAUUUCGCAUGGCAUCGUACAUCGACAUGGAUGUAUAUGUGGAUCACAGCAUGCGUUCUCGUACACCCAGCCUGUAGCGCACCGGCCUCGCCUCACUCCCUAGUCGCUACUUCGCCCUCCCUCAGUCCUGUCAAGGCCACUACGCAUGCUUUAGUAAAAGGAUCUGCUGCCGCCAAGACACAAGCUGUAAGCACAACCAACUAUCCAACCGUGCCUCGACCAAAGACAUAUCCGACCAUUAGAAAACACAAAUCAAAAGACAAAGAAACCAACAGGGACAAUAGCGGCAACAGUGUUACGACAGCAAGUGUUGCCUCAAUCGUAAAGAGCCACGGCACUGAAAAUAGUACUGCACAAGACCAAGGGAUGCUGAAGGAACCGCCUGCGGACCUAAAGACUGUCGUAAUCGCGAUUGCUGCUUGCAUCGGUGGUCUUAUCUGCUGUUUCUGCUGCCUUCAGGGUGCAUCCAAGGCUUUGGGGUGUGUCUCCCUUCGACGGCUGACCCAGAGAAAGAAUGCGGUUGCGGACCGGGUUGUCUUCCAGCCAGUGCUUGUGGCCGGCAAAACUAUUAGCAAACCCAGACCAAUAUCUGCACCCCUGGAUCGUGGACUUUGUGGUCAAGCUGUAUUGCAACAAGACGAACACAGCAAUGGCGAAGGCGAUGGCGCAGCAUAUCACAUCGACAAUCGAAUGUGUCCCACCCUUGCCACCAAAGCGACCUAUAGACCAUGGGCAUAGUCUUUGGCCACCACGCAUAUCACCAAGAGGCGAUCCACGUAGCUGUUAAGAGCUAUAAAAAUAAACAGUAUCUCUA